AGUGCAUGGAGACUCUAGUCUCCAUGCAAAAGUGGUUAAAAAAGAAUAAAAGCUGUCAUCUGUCAGUACUUGCAGCAGUCACUUUUUUUGUACAACAACAUAUAAUAUAGAUUUAUGUAUUUUCUAAUUUGAGAAAAUAGAAAAUGGCAGAUAAAAAAGUACCAGUUAAGCUGGAGGGUACUGAUUUUACACAGAUAUUUAUUGCAGUAUUUGUGAUAGUCAUAUCUUUGGUAUUAUUUGCACUUUACAAACGUAGGAAGAGCUCAAAAAGAGGUAUUUUAUUAACUGGACUGUGUGAUAGUGGAAAAACAUUAAUUUAUUCACAGUUGGUUCAUAAUAAAAAUGUUCAGACACAUACAUCAAUUAAAGAAAACAUUGGUAGUUAUAUAGUUAAUAAUGAUGUGUUGAAAAUUGUCGAUAUUCCAGGUCAUGAACGUUUAAGGGACAAAUUCUUUGAACAGUACAAAAGUACUGCGAAAGGAAUUGUAUUUGUGAUUGAUUCUGUAACUUUGCAACAAGACAUUCGAGAUGUUGCUGAAUUCUUAUAUAACAUUUUAGUAGAUUCUCUAAUUGCAUCCAGUAGCACUGAUGUACUUAUUUUAUGCAAUAAACAGGACCAAACCUUUGCUAAAGGUACAACUGCUGUAAAAUCGAUUUUGGAGAAGGAAUUAAAUACACUUCGUGUUACCAAAUCUAAACAGUUGGAUUCUGUGGACCCCAAAGCAAAACGAGCUUCUAUCUUAGGCAAUCCUGAUGAGGAUUUUGAUUUUGAUGCUCUUAAAGUUAAAGUUGAUAUAUCUGAAUCUUAUGCCUAUCACAAGAAUGGGUCUGUAGAUAUAGAGGGGUUGAAGAAAUGGUUAGCUAGAUUUUGAUUGUGUGGUAAUUUAUUGUACUUCAGAAAGAUAUGUAUUUAAUUUGUGUUGUUUUGAAGAUGAUUGUAAUUUAUUAUUUUUUUGUAAUCAUUUUUUUUAAGAGUAUUACA